ACGUAAAAUCAGUAAUACUAUAGUAGCUAUAUUAUUAACAAUAUUGAUAAUACUAUGCGUUGCGUCAUUCUCGGCAAUAUGCCUUGAAAGUUCUUAUGGAGUGACUGUGACAGGAGUCUCGGUAUCAUUCAGCGAAGUAACGUUUCUUCUAGAAGUGUUCCACUGCUCGAAUCUCGUCGUUUUCUUUUCUAUUCGAAUGCGUUUUGUCAAUGGUAUAAUCGCAAAUCAUUUGAAAAUCAAAUGUUGCGAUUCAGAUGUGGAAUUCCAAUUAUUAUACAGCAAAAAAAUUAUAUGGAGAAUAGCCGCGCAAAGUCACGACUUCAGCACUAGUGACACGGAUGUGCAUUUGAGAGAGUUGAUUGACGGACUUUCAAAAUUUCAACGCUUCUGUGGGUUCCAGGUGAAUUAUGUUUACAAAGUUAUUAUCUUUUGAAUAUUUAUAUAUGUACCAACAGUCGACAUCAUAUGCAUUAAUUUGUUAUGAACGGACAUUGCGUAAAAUAUUUUAAGUAGGAUCUUGAAUUUUCAUCUAUUCCUUUCCCACCCAUUUUUCCCAUUAUUUUGACUAAGCCCUAAACAAUUAUUGAGGCUGUUAGCACAAAAGUGGCCUAACUCAUUAUAUCAAUUACAAUUUAUUUAAAACUUAAUUAAUUAUGCAAAUUGGCCUAUCCCUAUUUUCGCAUGCAAAACCGGAUCUAUUUCAACAUAAUGAUGGGCUGGUUUUGGAUCAUAAUAUAGAAAUUACAAUAGAUAAAUAUGAAAAAUUGUGGGUUAAGCCACAUGCACUGAUGUGUCCAUCGCGUCGCGUAUAAGCCUGCCAUGAACAAGAUUAUGUACUUAUGCUAAUUAUUUAUUAUUGUAGAUGUUCCUGUUUUGCAGCAAAUGCAUGAUUGGUUCUAUUAUCUAUUUUCAAUUAUUGAUUACUGGAAUACGAAUCAAUGUAAGUCGAAAAGAAAUCGACUAAGUAUUUUAUAUCUAUGGAUGAAUGCAAACAGUGGAAAAAAUUAAUAAAAAAAUAAUUUUUAUUUUUCCGAAUUUCCAGAUGAUGGGUUAUUUAGAAAUGCUUAGUAUCGGAUCAUUUGUGGCAUAUUCUAGCGCGGUUGCAUUUUUUAUUUGUAUACGAGGCGAAAUAUUUUUCAACGAUGCAAAAGAAACCAAGACACUAUGUGUAGCUGUAUUGUCUUCUUACAACGAUGGUACGUGUUAUAAUAAAACAAAUAUAAAAAAUCUGUUUAUCAAUAAUUCAUUAAAAAGUCCCACACGGCAGGUGUGCUAUUCGUCAAUAUCUGUAAUGUCCCUGAGGUCCCGGGUUCGAUUCCCGGACGGGAAAAUAAACUUUUUUAUAUUGCCUCCGAGUGGUGAGUUUUACGUUAACACGUUCACUAGUGAGCUAUCUACGUAGAUUUUAUUUUUUAUGCAAUUCUUUUUUUCUAUUUAAAAUGGGCAAACCCUUUCAUUUCGCAACAUGUACUUAGGUUGGUAACUAUUUAAAAAAAUAUUUCAGGAGAACUAAGAGAAAAGGCCAUGCGUAUGCUGAAAACACUGCACAGUUGUCCAUUUCAGCUCUCCGUGUAUGGCAUGUGGAAUAUGGACGCACGUUUGCUACUGAAGAUGUUUUACGUCACAACCAUGUUUAUGGUUACCCAACUCCAGUUUACGAUACUUUAGAAACACAUAACAUGCCGCUUAAAAUUCUUCAGAUUUUCGGUCUGUUGCACAAACGUCCAUUAAGGUUUAAUGAUGCCUUUAACCUCUCAUGAAUGUUAAAAUCGUCAUUAAACUAUAACCUCUAAUUAAAUUUGUAUCGGUAAUGUCUCGUUAAACUAAUGACUAAUGACAUUUUAAUGAACGUUUGUACAACUGGCUGACUAUCAUUUUUAUUUUUUAUGAUAUCCCUACUAUAUAUUGUAAUAGGCACAUAACCGAUAUUUGUAAUAAACCUAUAGUCAUGGGCGUUCCCAAGCUGUUUAA